AUGUCGGAUACGGACUCGACAACCAGCAACUGGUCUGCGUCAGCGUCCAGGGCUGGGCGUUCGCGCAAAGGAGGCAGCCGUGCUAGAGGUGGAGAUACUCAAGCCACAGCCCCUCGAACCAUGCACCUCCGCCCUGCGUCGUCGCGCCAUAUGCCGGGCCGCUAUCGUGAAGACGAAGUCUAUCCCCUCGACCGUCCAUCCGCCGUCCACCCCGACCCAGUCUUCAACCCGGUCCUCGCCAGGUUCAUCGCGCCAGGCUCUCUCCCCAUGGACUACCCGGGCCCAUGGCCAUCCCGCGUCCUAUACAACCAGUGGCUGGACGACAGAGGCCUCACCCAUGCGGAGCACAUUGAGAUGCUCAGAAACGGGCAGGGCCUGACCAGGGACUCGAUCCCUCCUCUGCGGCGGUCUCGACAGGCAACUUACAGGGACGAUGGGGACGGCCAAGCGCAGCGUAGCGGCAUCCAGCCCAUCAAUAACAACAAUAUUGUCCCCUGGAGGUAUGCAGGCCGCGAUAGGUUAUUGGCCAUGGACGGUACUAUGGGACCUGCUCUGCCAUGGGAUGGCCUCCCCAACGGCGCCAAGUGGCUCAUCCUGAAGACCGCUACCGAUACCACGGACUUGUUCACAGCUGUCAAGAGCCUCCACCUGGACCUUGUCCAGGUGCUCGCGUUCAAGAAGUUGUACGACCGUGAGGAGCAGGCCUGGCAAGAGUUUUGUGCACGGCGCCACCACGACCACCACUACUCCCUGCGCCUCUGCACAAGCAGCGUCGACGACCUCGAUAUCAAGAAGGGUGUUAGCUUUCUAAACUCCAUCACCGAGGUCGGUUGGGCCAAGACGAUUUCUCAGCUGCAGGGUCGAUAUGAGGGUUUCCUGCCCAUCGACGGCAUGGAAAACCUGUCCGUGGAGGCUCUCCAGCAGGCCGUUUCCAGUGGAAUCAGGCAAGAUUAUCAUGGCCUCACACCAGGAGCACUUGACUGGCUCAGGGGGGACUGGGCCCAGCCCCAAGAAGAACUUGUCGAUAUGGAAAUCCCCCGACUGGGCGCACAACUUGACGCAAUCCAGGGGCCAGUCAACGAGCAUGAUGGGCAUGAGGCAGAGGAUCAAGACGUCCUGAUGUCGGACCCCUUCGUCGACUUCCCGCAGUCCGCAGAUCCACCUCGUCGACAACCGGAAGCUCUCGAGGGCUCAAUUGACGGACUAGCCAUCAAUGAUGGGCUAGCCAUCGCCAACUAUGGCCCAGGUGAGCCGCAGCAGGAGCCGCGAGAGCCCAUCAACGAGCUUUCUGAGAUCAUGGCCGGCAUGCCAGCACACCAGCCCAACCUGGCUCAGCAUCGAUCUGGCUUUGGACCCCCCAUUCCCAUCCAGAUGAUCCCAACCAACGGGGCCGCAGCUGACGACUCGGCGGAUGUUCAGGAGAAAGACUGGAAAGCUCUCGUAAACCUUCCUGAUGACGACGAUGACGAACCUGUGGCUGAUCGAGGAGAAGAAGGUCCUGGUGAUCAUCAUGGAGGUCUUGAUUUCGACCCCAUUCCCCACGACAUCUUGAAUCUCCUUCCAGACACCGACGACACUGCUUCCGUUCAAGAGCCAGGCGAUUCUCGCAUGAGAUACCUCUUGGACGAUCUAGAGCAGUCGGCCCGCGGGAACUCCAACAUAGAACUGGCGAUGACUGGUCGUGCUACAUUCGGCGACCAGUUCGACCUUGCGCACGUUUACCCGCCAUUCAUGGAUUUCACAAGGAUGAUUGUGCCAGAUCUGAGCGGCGAGCUGGUACAAGAACGGCAGCAGCAGCAACCACAGCAGCGUUCUCAGGCGAGAUUAGUGCGCACCGCUGGCGGCCCAGUGACUCCUUUGGAUAGAGGCAGCAAUGCCGUAGAGAACAACGAGGCCGCAAUGAGUGUUGAUGAGCGCCCACAGCAGCGUGUGGUCGAGCCCGUACCGAGAUCUUCUGCAACAAACGGCGAUGAUGCCUUGAGAGACUCUGCCGGUGAUCCUCCUCCCCCACCCGCAGUCCCAACUGCUGAGUCAACAUGCAGUCAUAGGGUGCCAGGAGCUGCCGCCUCCCGCAAGCGAAAGGAGGUCGAAGAGAGCCCUACUGCCCCCAGGAAGCGUGUAGCCAAGGAGGCACCAUCAAGCCUCUCGCAGCAUCAAGGUGGAGGUGCUGCCGCUCUGAGUGUCACCCCUUCAACGGGCGCUCUGGUUCCGCCCACUUCCACCACUCCCACUGCAGAUCUUAUAAUUGCGGGCUCCGUGGCCCCCAGCAGCGAAGCGUCUCUGCCAGCGGGAAACGCAGCUUCUGUUGCGAAUUGGUCCCAGGCCCAAGAUUCAUGCCUCCCAUUCCAGUGGGAUCAGCACUUCGAGGCCCCAGGAUCAUUGCUGCGCCGCCACUUCUCUCCAAGCUUGACCGCGCAGCAGCAGUCUCAGAGCCCGUCGAACGAGAAAGGCGGGCCCAGAAAGGACGCGUCGAGCAAGAAGCCAGCAGCUGGUGAUCAGGCGGGAACGAACAAGGCAGAGGAACAACAGGGACGCCAGCAAGAAGCGGACGCGCCAUUGACGACCGCGACCACACGGGCUGGAUAUACUGGGUCUCCAGUCCCACCAUCUAAGGCCAGAAGCGUGCCCGACUCCGACCCUGCUGCGCUUGCCGUGUCUCCCUCGCGACCACCGGCCUCGGCGGCUGACCCUCAGCCAAGCCAGCCAGCGGAGUAA